AUGCCCGGCACCGAAAUAAACCUAGUUGAAACCAAUAUCCUACCUAAGCCCAAACUAAUAGUCGUCUUUUUCGGCCUUGCCUUCGCUCUUCUAAUCUCGUUUAUUGACCAAAACUCGAUUGGCAUAGCUCUACCGACCAUUGGUGAAGACCUCAAUUCAGCUACGACGAUUUCCUGGGCGGGAACAUCGAGUCUAAUUGCCAACACCGUGUUCCAAGUCCUAUAUGGCCGUUUAUCGGAUAUUCUUGGGAGGAAAGUUGUUUUCCUUUCGGCUGUAGGCUUAUUAGCUCUUGGGGACUUGCUAUGUGGAUUUGCGAAAACGGGACCACAAUUGUAUGCCUUUCGAGGCAUAUCCGGAGUUGGAAGUGGAGGCAUAACGGCAUUGGCUAUGAUGAUCGUUUCAGAUGUUGUCACUCUUGAGAAUCGUGGGAAAUAUCAAGGCAUAUUAGGCUCCUGUGUCGGUCUGGGCAACGCAGUCGGGCCCUUUUUGGCUGCUGCAUUCGUGCAGAAAUCAACAUGGCGCGGGCUCUUUUGGUGCAUCUGUCCCUUAGGUGUUUUGUCUGGAGUCAUGGUUGCUUUCACUCUUCCUCCAAGUAAGGUCAACGGCGACUUGAGGAGUAAAGUCAAAUCAAUCGAUUAUUGCGGUACUGGAUUCAGCUCUGCCGCGAUCCUACUCCUUCUCAUUCCCAUUUCCGGCGGAGGGACAUAUUUCGAAUGGUCCAGCCCGAUGGUAAUCUCCAUGAUCACAUUGGGAGUCAUCUCAAUGAUAGCUUUUGUCAUUGUGGAGUGGAAAGUUGCCACUAUUCCCAUGAUGCCGCUACAUCUCUUCAAAAUACCGGCCGUUUGCGCAAUAGUGGUCCAAAAUUUUCUCUUCGGAAUUGUCUACUAUUCCCACCUCUAUUACCUCCCAAUCUACUAUCAAAAUGCCCGUCAAUUCUCGCCACUUCUCUCGGCCGCCCUUACCCUACCUUUCGUCGCUGGCCAAUCUAUAUUCUCUGUUUUGUCAGGCCAGUAUAUCUCUCGCAGGAAACGCUACGGCGAGGUAAUCUGGAUUGGGUACGCAUUGUGGACUCUUGGUUCGGGCCUAAUUCUGCAAUUCGACCGCUCAACACCCCGCUGGAAAAUCAUCCUCAUCCUCAUAGUGGAGGGUGCGGGAGUUGGCAAUGUCUUUCAGCCUUCUCUCAUAGCGUCUCAAGCGCACUCCUCGAAGCAGGACCGCGCCGUUGUCAUCAGUGUGCGGAACUUUUUGCGCGCUUUCGGUGGUGCAUUAGGCCUCGCGCUAUCGUCGGCCGUCUAUUCUAACGUUCUGAAGAAAUCCAUUCACGAGGUGUCCACUCCUAUCCCAUCUGGAUAUAUGAGUCAAGUACUGGCAUCUAUCUUGCACGUCCCGGAUAUGUCAUCCUUAUCGGGUACGCAGAAGGGCGAGGUCUUAGACGCAUAUAUGAAGGCCUCGAGAGGGGUAUUUAUUGUUUGGUUACCUAUUAUGGCUGUUUGUUUAGGAAUGUGUGUUUUUAUUAAGGAUAGGGGACUUAUGAGGCCCGAGGAGAAAGCCCAGAUGCUCGAGGAGGCUCGGAGUAGUAAUGAAGGUGCCGGUCCGAGUGAAAUUGAGGAACCAGGUGUGAGCCCGGAGAAUUAUGCGGAGGCGAAGAUGCAGAAGAACCCUCAUGAUGUUGAGAAAGUGUUGGCGAAACAAUAG